AUGGCAUCUCCACAGUCUGCCGGCCCUUCGCCAGCUUCCACUCUCCCAACGCGAUCAGCGACCAACUCUACCGACGAUGCGGUCCCCGAUGAAGACUCCUCUGAAGUCUCUAAGCUCUUCCAUGAGCGGCUGUCCGGCUGGAAGCAUGCCGUUGCCUACCUCGAAGACUACGUCGAAGCGACACAGAAGAUGUACCAGUCCAGCUCAAAAGACUACGAGAAGGUGCUGAAGACCGUGAGCAAUCCGCUCAAGGAGGGACACCACUUUGACCAAAACCUCGGCGGCAUUGCAGGUCUCUUCGACAACAUGCGUUCCAACACGCAAGGGCUGCACAACAGCAAUGCUGAGACGGCCAAGGCUCUCAAGGGCUCUGUUCUACCCAUCUUCGAACGACUGCACACCGAAAUCAAAAACAAGACCAAGGAGCUCACGAAAGGCGCGGGUAAGGGUGCGAAGGCAGUCGACAAGUCACGUAAUACGUCUCAGAAGCAUAUCGAGCUGCUCGGACAACAUACCGCCGCCUUCGACGCUCAUGGUGGGCAUGUCAAGGCUGAUAACGACCCAUACAUCCUCCAACGUCAGGUCUACCACCGACUCAACAAGCAGGUGCAGGACGAGAACAACAACCGUGACGACAUGAUUGCUGUGCAGAAUUCCUUCUCGCAGUUUGAAGCACACAUCAUCCAGACGAUUCAGAACGGUGUCUCACAGUUCAAUCAAGUUGCAGCUCACCAGGCCGAGCAAACACGUACCAUGUACGGCGACAUGGUCGGAAAUAAGGCCCAGCGUAUUCCACCAGACUUCGAGUGGAAUGGUUUUGUGCAGAGGAACGCCAGUGUACUUAUCGACCCUAGCGGUUCGAAGCGUACCGUCGAAAACAUUGGCUUUGCAAACCAGGAUCACAGCGCAACCAAACCUCUUAUCGCAGGAUCCUUGCAGCGAAAGAGCGGCCUCCUGAAGAAGUACGAUACUGGUUUCUACGUUGUGACACCAUCCAAAUACCUGCACGAGUUCAAGACGGACGAUGAUUUUGCCAAGGAUCCAACUCCAGAAAACAGUCUGUAUUUGCCAGACUGUCUCAUUGGUGCCGUUGACGGCGUCAAGUUCAACGUGCGCGGCAAAGACGCAAGCGGCUCAAGCAUAGCCAACAAGAUGGCAAGAUCGCACGAGUUCGCCUUCCAGGCUCACACCGCUUCGGAUGCUCAGCAGUGGCACAAGGUCAUCUCCAGUGUCGCCGGCCAGACCACGAACGAGUUGCCAGAGACCAGUGCCCCAAGCUCGCCAGCCGUCGCGAACAGCUCAUCUGUUGGCACGGACGAACUUGCCAGCCCAACCACCCAAACGACUGGCACGACCGGCACAGCCGCUGCUCCCGUCGCUGCGGAAGCCCAACAGACCACUGCUGGACCGGGCCACGGCAUUGCUACCCAGGACAAGGUCUAA